CCCCCCGCGCACGGGACCUACGGCCGCACCACCUCCUAUCAAAGCACGCGGCUAUCCCCUCCCCUCCCGCAUCGCACCAACAGAAAGGGAGAGAAGGGCCAGAAAAAAGGAGAGAGAAAAAAACUCGCCGCCACCGCCGCCGCAAUGCAGCGCCUCUCCCUGGGCUCGCCGGCCGGGAGGCCCUCCCGCGUGAGCGCGGCGGGAGAGGAGGAGGACGCGGGUGCGGCGGACGAGAAGGCGGCGAAGGCGGUGGCGAGGGGCGCCCCGGCGGCGCCGGACAGGACCAUCCACCUGGUCCCUGUCCUCACGCUGCUCUGCUUCCUCGUCCUCUUCCUCCUCUCCCACGACCCCUCCGCCGCCGCCCUCACCGAUUCGCCCGUGCUGGCCGCGGCCGCCACCGUCGCCGCCCGCUCCCUCGACGCCGCCGCCGCAGGCGCAGGUGGGUGCCCGAGGAUUUCCUCCGCCGCCGACGGCGCUGCCACGCGAGGGUUUCGUGGCGUGUUUGGUUGUCAGCUUCUCACGUUUUGUUUUCCCCCUCUCUCUGCUUGGCUGUUCGGCGUUGCAGCCGACGCCACGACGGCGUCCAGUGGCGUGUACCGGCGGUUGAAGCAGUCCCGCGUGCGGAGGCUGGGGGUGGCGCGGCGGGGACUGUGACGCCAGCGCAGGAGACGCGAAGCUAGCCGUUGGGCGCCGAUGACGCAGCGGAGGAGGAGCUUCGCUUGCCUUUUUGCGCCAUUCAUUUUUCUUUUCUUGUCUGGUUCGCUUUUUCCGGCGGCACUGCAAGUCUGAAAAGUGGGAAUGGUAGCGCGGAAGCAACUCGUUUGCAGUACUGCCCCCUCACUGUGACUCAACUGCGAGAGCAGUACUGAAAGGAUCCUCCCGGGGUAGCGCAGGCUUGGUCGUCCCGUGUAGGAUUGUGGAAUGUGGAGGGGGGGGGGGCGGUUCUUUGCAGUGCUGUAAAGAGACUCGGUGCCACUGACCUGCGGGUCCCAUGGUUAUGGUUCAGGGUGCCACAGGUCGCGGGGGUUCUAGGAUUCAAGCCCCAGGAGAAAAAAGAGAAAUAGUUUGCACAAA